UGUUAAUUUUAUUGAAAUUCUUCGGAGGCUGCAUUCGGUACAUGUAUAAGUCCGUGGAAGAGUCAAAGGGUCACCACUACUGAGGAUCUCCCCCUAAUCUUAGAUGGGUCGUCUGAGGGUUCGCCGCGGUUCAUUGCUGUGCUUACACACUAGGCUACCCUUCUCCGAAAGCUCCGCGGGACCACCUAUCACUAGUCUUCGGUCGGAGGGGUUUAUUGCACAAAAACCGGGACGCUGGCUCUCGCAGAGGGAAGCCCAACGAAUGUCAGAUGCAAAGCAUCGCACCUCAUUAAGAUCAUAUUAGCAUACUCUCCCCAAAAAAAAAGAGCAGACCCCAUUGAAGACGGGAGUGAGAUACAACAAGGCCAGUUCUGUCCCUUCUCACGGAGCCGUACGUGGACGUUACCGCUCAUACAGCUCCCAGCCAGCAAGAGUUAGCUUUCCUCUGCAAGGAAUGGAAGUGUGGAUGAAUCGACAUCAAAUAUAGGAAUUUGGUUUUUCUUAUCAUAUCAGCAAUAACACAUCUAAUUUGCAAAUUUCAUGUUUGUUGUUUUAAGUUUUAAAAUGUU